UAAAUUACAUAGUAUUUCGCAAUACCUAUACCAUGCAUAAGAAAUCGUAACCUCGUGUCGAGAAUUUGUGUAAUUUAUAACAGAAGAGAGAAAAGCCGAGAUAUUCUAUAGUGAUUAGUUUUACGGAUAUAUUGGAAGAAAAUUUUAGCUUUUAUUUUCAAUAAGGAUCAAUUGAUUAAUUAAAAAUUUCUCUGUCCCCUCGUCUAUGUAGAUCUUAUUUACUCGAAAAAAUGGCAGUUCGAGUUCAGUUUGAAAACAGUAAUGAAAUCGGCGUGUUUUCAAAGUUAACUAAUUCAUAUUGUUUGGUGGCAAUUGGUGGUUCUGAAAAUUUCUACAGUGUUUUUGAGGCUGAAUUAGGAGAAACUAUUCCUGUGAUUCAUGCAUCUAUUGCAGGAUGUAGAAUUCUUGGAAGAUUAACUGUAGGAAAUAGACAUGGACUCUUAGUACCAAAUACAACGACAGAUAAUGAGUUACAGCAUAUCAGAAAUUCUCUUCCUGAUUCUGUUAAAGUACAAAGAGUAGAAGAAAGACUUUCUGCUCUUGGAAAUGUUAUUGCUUGUAAUGAUUAUGUAGCUCUUACCCAUCCGGAUCUUGAUAAAGAAACAGAAGAAAUUUUAGCAGAUACUUUAAAUGUAGAGGUAUUCAGACAAACUGUAGCCAGUAAUGUUUUAGUUGGAUCUUAUUCGGUCUUAUCGAAUCAAGGUGGCUUAAUUCAUCCUAAAACUUCUGUUAUAGAACAGGAUGAAUUGUCAUCACUUUUACAAGUACCUUUAGUGGCUGGGACCGUUAAUAGAGGUAGUGAUGUAAUAGCUGCAGGAUUAGUAGUAAAUGAUUGGGCCAGUUUUUGUGGCAUGGACACAACCGGAACAGAGAUAUCAGUAAUUGAGAGUGUAUUCAAACUCAAUGAAGCUACUCCCGCUGCCAUAGCAUCAACUAUGAGAGCGUCCCUCAUAGAAAGUAUGUCCUAAAACUCAUCAAAUAUAUGUAAAAUAUCAUUUUAAAUGGAAAAAUUUAUUAUAUGUACACGAUUAAAAAAUUAUUUGAAUUAUCCACUUUUUUAUGUAAUAAAC